UCCACCACAACCACUAUCAUCAUUUCGUCCACGAAAAAAAAAAUCUGCCAACGAACUCAAAACGUCUCGAAUAACUUCAAAAAUUGCACACUGUCUGAAAAUCAAUUUCAUAUCAAAUCAUAAAUCGAAGGAUAGCAAAAAAAACAAACGCAAUUAAAACAUUUAAAAUUAUCACGUAAGCCACAUUGGAUUAGGAUUGGAAAUUUUUAUCGAAAAUAGCCCAAACCGUAAGAAUAAAUUGUUCGAAAAUAAAAAUGACCAUGUUAUUGUUAAACAGGCGACCAUCAUCAUCAUCAUUGACCAAUGUUAAAACAUUGAAUAAGGCUCGAAAAUGGUAUAAAGCGGUAAUAUUAUCAUCAUCAUCGAAAUCUGGAUCGGAUUCAAAUUCGAAUAUCGAGAUCAAUAUUAUUGAUAAUAAUAAUGUUACUAUUAGGGAAAGGAAUGAGAAACAUCAUCAUUAUCAUUUCAAAAAAAAUGAUAAACAUCAACGUGAGCCAACAAGUGAAAGUUCAACACAGAUGCGUGAUCAAGCAUAUGAAAUAUGUCGAAAAUAUCUUAGUGGUGAAUGGAAUAAAAUAUCCAGUGAUGAUAUGAUAUUUAAAACCGUUAGUGGCGGUUUAAGCAAUCUAUUAUAUUAUUGUUCAUUACCGGCAACACAUACACCAGUUACCGGUGAACCAAGUCAAGUAUUAUUACGAAUGUAUGGCCAAUUAUUGGAUAGAUAUGAUACAAAAAUUACCGAUUCAGUAAUAACAAUGUUAUUAUCUGAACGUAAACUUGGACCAAAAUUAUAUGGAAUAUUUCCGGGUGGACGUCUUGAAGAAUAUAUUCCUGCACGAGCAAUGACUUGUAGUGAACUUUCCAAUCCAUUAUAUUCAGCAAUAAUAGCACGAAAAUUGGCAAUUGUACAUCAUUUAAAUGUACCGAUUAAUAAAGAACCAACAUGGUUAACGGAAACAAUGCAAACAUGGCUAGAACAAAUACGAAAAGUUCCAUUCAAUUCGGAAAAAAUGUCAACAAUUGAACAGGAAUUAAUACGGUUUGAUUAUGAGAAUGAAAUUAAAAUAUUAUUUCGUAUAUUGGAACAAUGUGAAUCACCAGUUGUAUUCUGUCAUAAUGAUCUUCAAGAAGGUAAUAUUUUAUUACCAUCCGAUGAUAAACAUUUCAAUUCUAAAUUGCUUAACAAUAAUGUAUUGGAUACAAUGACCAAAAGUGAUGGUGAUUAUGAUGAUGAUGAUGAACAAACGAUGAUGAAUGGCGAUUGUAAACAAAAACAACGAUCAAAUUUUGAUGAUCAUAUUGUAUUUAUUGAUUUUGAAUUCUGUGCAUAUAAUUAUCGUGGUUCAGAUAUAGCAAAUCAUUUUGUUGAACGUAUGUUUGAUUAUUCAAAUCCUGAAUGGCCACAUUAUUAUUCAUAUAUGGAUCGUUUUCCAAAUGAUGAUGAAAAACGUUUAUUCAUUCGUGAAUAUCUUAAACAAUGUUCAGAACUUAAUAAUACUAGUGAACCGGGACCAUACGAUAAUGAAGAACAUCUUAUUAAAGAAGUUAAUUUUUAUGCACUUGUAUCACAUUUAUUAUGGACAUUAUGGAGCAUUAAUAAUGCACGUACAUCGAAAAUAUCGUUCGGUUAUCUGGAAUAUGGUAAAACGCGUUUGGAAGCAUAUCAGAUGCAUAAAAAAUUUGUUAUUGAAAAAUACUGCCUUAAAAUUGACUGAUCGAUUGUUUUUAUGAUCAACACAAGAUUAUUCUGUUUUUUUUUCUAUUUAUGAUAUUUAUUAUCUGCAUCACCGAGUUACCAAAAAAAAAACGAAAUUCAAUUGUUGCAUGGAAAAAUUUGUUUUUUAAUAAUAUUUUUGCAUCUUUACAUGCAUUUUUACACAUACACACUCACAAAUACAAAUGUUUUAAAAACAGAGAAAAAAUUUUUGUCAAAUAAGCAAAAAAAAAAAUGUAUUUUGUUUUUUUC